AAAUGAGUUAUUAUGUAUAAUUAUUGUAUUCACAACUUAUUAUUAUCACUUAAAAUAACAUAAACAAUGUCGGAAAUAAAACAUCAACAAUUAAAAAUAUUGUCACAAUUUUCAUCUGAAAAUCAGGAAUAUAUAAAUAAACUUCAAACUAAUGAUGAAAUAUGUUUAUCUUCUAUAUAUAAUUCAAAUAUUGAAAUACAAGUUAGAAGCAAAAAUAAAAAUUAUAAAAAUAAUGUUGAAUUUGAUUUUAUAAAAUUAGAAAAUAUUUCUUUACAAAGUUUAUCAAAUUCUCAAAAUGAAUUAAAGAUUAAAUAUACAGAACAAAAUAAUAUAAAAAUAAAAAAUGAAUCUAUGGAAUCUAUAACUCAUUUAAAUAAUAAAAAUAUUUCUGAUGAUUUUAAAUUAAUAACAAUCAAUAAUGAAAUUAAUAAAGAAGAUAUGAAAGAUAAUAAUAUUCCUAUUAAAGUAAAAAAAGGUUUUGUAUUUGAAAAAAAUAUUUUUAGUCAACUUAAAGAUAAAUCAUAUAAUUAUGAAAUUAAGAAUGAAAAUUUAAAUGAUGAAAAUAAUGAUCCUGAAACUAAAUUUAUAACAUCAAUUAAUCAAAAUAAAAUCAAGAUCAACAGUUUAAUUAUGCUAAAUAAACAAGUUAAAUCAUGUAAUCAAUGUUCAAUGACAUUUAGAUACAAAAGACAUUUAGAUCGACAUUUGGAAGGUCAUCAAAAAAAUAAUUGUUCUCAUUGCAAUGCAAAAUUUGCUAGACGCAAACAUCUUGACAUACAUUUAUUUCGUUCACAUGGUGAAAGAGUAACAAAAUAUCCAUAUUCUUGUGAUGUAUGUUCUCGUAGCUUUCCUAAACGUAUCUUAUUAAAUCGUCAUCGUGCAAAACAUAACUAUGAAAAUGGCAAAGUUUGUUCAGAUUGUGGAGAAAUGUUAAAAACAGAAGAAGAUGAUAAGAAACACAAAGAAAAUUAUUGUAUAAGAAAACAAUUUAAAUGUAAAAAAUGUUUACAAACAUUUAGUAUUGAACAAACAUAUACAGCUCAUAUCCAAAAUCAUAAUAAUCAUAAAUGCUCAAAAUGUGAUGUCACUUUUGCUUCUAAAAAAAAAGUGCAUGAGCAUUAUAAAAUGGUACAUUCUUCAAAAUUGAAUCAUAAUCAAAUAUCAAAUGGUAUUUAUUUUUGUGCUGAUUGUAGAAAUACUUUUUUAAAAAAAGAUGAUUAUUCUCGCCAUUUAAAUUCUACAUCACAUCUUAAUAAAAUAAAUAAAGAAAUAUCUCAAAGAAAUAUUUUUAUAUGUUUAAUUUGUUCUAAGAAAUUAAUUUCACAAAGAGCUCUUGAUCAACAUGUUAGACGUAUACAUAAAAAAGAAAAAAGAUUUACAUGUAACAUAUAUGGUUGUACAUUUCAAUGUGCAAGAAAAUCAGACUUGGAUAGACAUAAACAGUUACAUAUAGAACAAAGAAACAUUAUAUGUGAACAAUGUGGUAAAACUUUUACUAGUGUUAGUAUUCUUAAUGAUCAUGUUCUUUAUAUACAUAAUAAGGAAAGACAAUUUAUAUGUGAAGAAUGUGGUAAAGCAUUUAAACGAAAUAGUUUAUUAAAAAGACAUAAAUUAUCUCAUCAACAAUAUCGACCAUUUGUUUGUAUGCAAUGUAGUACUGCUUUCAAGAGAUCCCAUCAUCUUUCUCGCCACAUGGAAACUUGUCAUAGAAUUACGCUUGAAAAGAAAAAGAAGGUAGUAAAACUCAUGAAAACAGAAGAUGGUCAUCUUGUUCCAAUACCAGAAAAACCAAAAAAUCUUAAACCCAAAAAAUUAAAAAUUAAAGCAGAAUCUAAUAAUAGAAAUUUAACAUCAAAUGAUAAAACUUUAUCUUUUCAAGAUAUGAAUAUUAUUAAUGAACAUAAGGAUUUAAAUUUAGAAACACUAUUAUUUAAUGAUUUAUAUGAAAAUUCAACACUAUCAUUAGAAUUUAAUUUAUUACCAAAUACAAAUUCUGCCUCACAAGUUCUUUCAUUAGUAGAUAUCAAUGCAGAACAAAUUGUGACUGUAGAAGUUACUAGUCCAAAAACAUUAAUAAUGAAUGAUGUUAUAGAUCAAUUUGAAGUAAAUUAUAAUGAAAUAUUAAAUUUCAAUUAUCGAGAUUCAGAAUUUGAAAAUGCAAUUCUAAAUACAGAUCAAAAUUUAUAUGAUCAUGUAAAUUAUUCUGGAUUAUCAUUAGAAACUGUAGAAGGAACAUCACUUUUUUUGGAUUCAAAUAUUAACAAAGAUACUUUACCAAUAGAAAAUUAUUUAAAUCAAUCAUUUCCAUCGUUUUUAAAUCUUUAAUCAUAAUUGUAAGAUAUUUAAUUUAUUAUAUUUAGAUAAAAAAUUUUAGCAUUAAUUUAAUUUAUAAAUGUGUAUAUGAAAUGCAUACCUUAUUUUUUAAAAAUAAUUAAAUUUU